ACUUUGCCUGCUUGCUCUCUCACAGCUAGCAAGUCUAUUACUUUGUUGGCACUAGAGUCUCCUUGUGUGAUUCCAUCUUCUACUGAAGACCAGCUGAGACAUCCAGCCUCAGGAACUGAGAACUUCUGGAAUCUUGGACUUUACUUCCUCUCCAGCUGUUGUGGAAUAAGUUCAACUUCAGACUGUCAAGCACUUACCCUCAGCAUUCCAUGGAUAAAGCCAAGGCAAUGAAGUGGUUCCAUCUCAGUUUUGUCAAGGAUACAUCAGAUUCUGCAGACUAUGAGCUACUGAGUGCACAAGUAUUGCCAUCCCUGAGUUCACAAUGUUCCAAGUCCGAGCCACUUCGUUUUGGCAGACAGACAAGCCACUGCUCUGAGGAUGGCGGUAUUAUUGAUUGGGAUCUAUACUUGGACUACAAGAGAUACUACCGCAGAUCAAAUUGUACCAUGAAAAAGGGCACAGAGGUCUUCCAGAGUGAGAGUCAGAGGGAUCCUCAAGUGUCCCGGGGAGAUGUGGACAACAACAAAGAGAAAGAUACAGAGGAGCCAGACCUUCUCUUGCUAAGCUUGCUCAGGGAGAAAGGGCUGGAACUUGAGACCUGCGAUGGAGGAGACUGCCCUGACCAGGAUUCUGCUUCUGACAGUUUCAGGUGCCUAGGCUUCUGAACCACCCAGAACUCUGUUUGGAGCCCAGGAGCCCUAAUGCCUACUAAGACUUGCAAUUAGGGGGUCUUCUGUCAGCUUCUGCUAUUACAGCACACAAAAGCAGUUGUUUCUUGUAGCCAUCUGGUGUUUGUUUGCAGCUUUCUUAAUAAAAGUGUUAAAAAGA